CACCAUCUGCUAACUAUCUCAUCCCGUCUCUGGCCCACUCGUCUCAGGACUCUGUGAUCCGAGGCUCUUAGGAGCUCUCUAAGUCAUUGGCUACGAGUAUGGCAACCCAGUCGGACUUGUUGAUUUCUAUAUUCCAGGGACUCAAGAGCAAGAGUCCCGAGACGCGACUCCAGUCCGCUCAAGAGCUCCGUCAUUAUGUAUCUGUUCGUGUGCUCGAACUGCCCUCAGACGCUGCCGCAAAACUCUGGGACGACCAAAUAAACAAGAGUCUAUUCGAGCUCGUACAUGGCAAUACAAGUGUGGAGAAGUUGGGAGGUCUGUUGGCCAUAGACCACUUGCUUGAUGUCAACGAUGAAGAAAGCAUCGAGUCCAAACAAAACCUCUUCCGGUACUACAACUAUGUCAAGUCCGUUCUGCCCGACGCGGACAUCUAUGUCAUGCUUGCAGCUUCAAAAACUCUGGGUCAUAUUGCCGAGAUAGGCGGUUCUGCAUUUGGUGAUCGCUUCAUGGACUACGAGGUGCCUGCUGCUAUCGGACUACUGCAAGGAGACAAACAAGAGCCAGGCCGUUAUGCGGGUGUUCUCAUCCUCAAGGAGCUCGCACGGAACAGCCCCACCUACUUCCACACCCACAUCGACCUCGUUUUCGAGAAGAUCUUGAUUCCACUUCGUGACUCACGCGUCAUCGUACGAGAAGCUGCAGCAGAGCUUCUUGCGGCUUGUUUGGAGAUUGUGACCCAUAGGGAGCGACAGGCGCCUAGUCGGUUCUUGUACAAGGUGUUACAAGACGCUCAGCUUGGACUCAAGACUGCCGCACCGGAAGUCAUCCAUGGAUCACUACUCACUUUCCGCGAACUCCUGCUUCAUGGUGGCAUGUUCAUGAAGGAAGGCUUUCUCGACACUGCCGAGCAGAUCAUCCGUUUCAAGAACUCUCGCGAUGUCCUUGUGCGCAAGAUGGUCAUUACCCUCAUUCCUACCCUUUCAGGGUACGAUACGCAGACGUUCUCCGAGCAUUUCUUACACAAAGCUAUGGCACACCUUCUUGAUCAACUCCAGAAGCCUACGGAACGGUCGUUCGCCUUUAUUGCCAUUGGCCACGUUGCUACAGCGGUCGGAAGCGACAUGAAGCCUUUCCUCGAAAAUAUCAUGGCUCAGAUCAAAUCAGGCCUAGAGAAUAGGGGAAAGAAAGCUCCUUCCGAGGAACCUAUGUUUCAAUGUGUUGGCAUGCUCGCGUCUGCGGUCGGCCCUAAUUUGACGAAGCUCCUCCAUGAUCAGCUCGAUUUGAUGUUCAAAUGUGGUCUUAGUGAGCCACUCAGGCAGGCUUUGGUCGCCAUCGCACGCCAUAUUCCGCCUCUGCUGAAGACCAUCCAAGACAAGCUACUGGACCUCCUAUCCGUCAUUCUGAGCGGUCAGGUUUACAAACCGUUGGGCGCACCACCGACACUUGUCCGUGACAAUUCUGCGGCUACGAGAGAAUUGAACGGUGCCCAGAAUGCCGGGACCACAAAGAGUCCAGAGUUGAUCACACUUGCACUCAAUACGUUGGGCUCAUUUGACUUCAGCGGCCAUGUUCUUAAUGAGUUCGUGCGGAACUGUGCUUUGCCGUAUUUGGAGGAGGACCAUCCUGAAGUGCGAAGGGCUGCGGCAUUGACAUGUUGUCGUGUAUUUGCACGAGACUCCAUCUGCUAUCAGGGUAGUAAUCACUCGAUAGAAAUCAUUAGCGACGUACUUGACAAGCUGUUGACUGUCGGUAUCGCCGAUCCUGACCCAACGAUUCGACAGACCGUGCUCUCGUCAUUACAUGAGCAGUUCGACAAGCAUCUUGCUCAGGCGGAGAAUGUUCGAUCGUUAUUCAUCGCUCUCAACGACGAGGUUUUCCAGAACCGAGAGACGGCUGUAGGCCUCAUCGGACGAUUGGCUACGCACAAUCCGGCAUAUGUCAUGCCGUCACUUCGCAAGGCUCUGAUUCAGCUUCUUACUGAGCUGGAAUACUCGACCGUCAUGCGCAAUCGCGAGGAAUGCACCCAUCUACUCACGCUUCUUGUUAGCGCCACCCAACGUCUCAUCAAGCCAUACGCCCUUCCCAUGCUCCGUGUACUCCUCCAGAAAGCCAAUGACAGCAACGCCACUGUCGCCGCCAACGUUCUUAUGUGUAUCGGUGAACUGACCUGUGUCGGUGGCGAGGAUGUCGUGCCACACAUCCCGGAACUCAUGGAAAUCAUCAUCGGGAAAUUGUCUGACUCUUCGAUUUCGAAAAGGGAUGCGGCACUGCAUACACUGGGUCAGGUGUGCUCGAGUACGGGCUAUGUGAUACAGCCUCUUUUGGAGUAUCCCCAGUUGUUGCCCGUGCUAAGCAGAAUCUUGAAGACGGAGCCGACACAGACAGUCAGGCGCGAGGUCAUCAAGGUAUUGGGGAUCCUGGGUGCAUUGGAUCCAUACAGACGCAAGACCAAGCCCGACGAAGAGUCUCCGAACGAGUCUGCUGCCCCUGCUGCAGAGGCUAUAAACCUCUCGUAUACGACUUCCUCCGCAUCUGACGACUAUUAUCAGACGGUCGUCAUCAACUCUUUGUUGGGAGUUCUCAAGGAUGCAUCCCUCAGCAGCUACCAUCACUCAGUCAUCGAGGCUAUCAUGUCGAUCUUCAAGACGCAAGGUCUGAAGUGUGUCACCUUCCUCCCCCAGAUCAUACCAGCCUUUGCGAACGUAACCCGGAACGCAGCUCGCUCGCAGGACUUCCAUCUUCAACAGCUCGCUAUCCUCGUUGGUAUCAUCAAGCAACACGUCCGGAACUACACGCCCGAGAUCUUCAACCUUGUCACUGAGCUUUGGGAGAACACCUCUGUCCAACUUCCUCUAGUCUCUCUCAUCGAGGCUCUCGGAAAAGCGCUUGAUGCGGAGUUCAAGCCAUUCCUCCCUAUGAUCCUUCCCCUCGUCCUCAAAGUCUUCGACGGCGACCUCAACGACAAGCGCUCGAAUACCCAGAUCAAGAUCUUCGACGCCUUCUUGACCUUCGGAGCGAACAUCGAGGAAUACCUCCAUCUCGUCAUUCCUAUCAUCGUGAAAACUUACGAGAGAGCAGACGCGCCAACUGCGUUACGCAAGAGGGCAAUUGUAACAAUCGACGGGUUGAGCAGUCGAGUCAACUUUUCGGACCAUGCGUCGAGGAUCAUUCACCCACUUGUGAGGGUCUUGGGCUCAUCGAAUAAUGAGUUGAAGAUGGCCGUUAUGGAUACGCUGUGUUCGCUGCUGUUGCAACUGGGAUCAGACUUCGCUAUCUUUGUGCCGACGAUUAACAAGGCUGUUCUCCGUCAGAAGGUCGUUCACCCACGAUAUGAUAACCUCGUCACCAAAUUGCUGAACGGCGAGCGACUGCCUCAAGAACUCGGGACCUUGGAACUAAUCAUGAACGAAAGCAACAAAGCACCCGAGUUUUCUGCUCCCGCUGAAGCCGCUAGGAUGAUGGUGAACCAGCAGCACCUCAAGCAAGCCUGGGACACCUCGCAGGUCUCCACGAGGGAUGAUUGGAUAGAGUGGAUGCAUCGCAUUUCGGUCGAGUUCAUGAAAGAGUCGCCGUCCCAUGCUCUGCGCGCUUGCAUGACUCUGGUCGACUUGCAUCCGCCUCUUGCAAAGGAGCUGUUUAACGCUGCAUUUAUCUCUUGUUGGAGAGAGCUUUAUGAGCAGUAUCAGGAGGAUCUCGUCCGUGCUAUAGAGUUCGCUAUCACUUCCCCGACGACGCCAUCGGAUCUCAUCCACCGCCUUCUUAACCUUUGCGAGUUCAUGGAGCACGAAGACCAACGUUUGCCCAUCGACAACAGUACGCUCGGAGAAUAUGCUCUGAGAUAUCAUGCAUACGCGAAAGCUCUCCAUUACAAGGAGCUCGAGUUCUUCUCUGAAACGUCUCCCCAGAUCAUCGAAGCACUCAUCAACAUCAACACAAAGCUUCAGCAGCACGAUGCUGCCUGGGGAACUCUGCUUAUCGCUCGUGAACAGUACGACGUCACCAAGCAUGAGGAGUGGUAUGAGCGUCUCGGUCGAUGGAAUGAGGCACUGACGACGUACGACCAGAAAUCCAAGGAUGAACCAAACUCCCCAGAGGUUGCUAUCGGAAGGAUGAAGUGUUACCACGCGCUUGGAGAAUGGGACCUGCUCGCGACGCAAGUCGAAGAAAACUGGUCGAAUGCGAAUCACGAGGAAAGACGAGAGAUUGCCCCCAUGGCAGCAGCAGCAGCUUGGUCGCUCAAUGACUGGGACUCCAUGGACGAUUAUAUCGCGACCAUGAAGCCGGAUUCUUCUGACCGGUCAUUCUACCGCGCCAUUCUCUCCGUGCAUCAAAACCAGUUCCCCAAAGCGCUCGCUCACAUCACCAAGACUCGGGAUUUGCUGGAUCUGGAGCUUACCUCACUCGUGGGUGAAGGCUACGGCCGAUCUUACAACACCAUGGUCCGGGCACAGAUGCUCUCCGAACUUGAGGAGAUCAUUAACUACAAGCAGUAUGCCGAUCAGCCUGAAAGGCAACAGACCAUCAAGAAGACCUGGAUGAAAAGGCUGCAAGGCUGUCAGCCCGAUGUGGAAGUCUGGCAGCGUAUACUCCAAGUUCGCACGCUCGUUCUCAGCCCUGAGGAUGAUCCUGUAAUGUGGAUUAAAUUCGCCAAUCUUUGCCGCAAGUCCGAGCGGAUGCAGCUUGCGGAGAAGACAAUCAAUUCGUUGCUGUCGCAAGAGAGGCAUUUGAAAGCGCCCCCGGACGUUGUUUACGCACAACUGAAGUAUAUGUGGGCCUCGGGUUCCAGGGAAGAGAGUUUGCCGUUCCUUCGCCGAUUCUCGGAGAGCUUGUCCAGGGAUCUGCAAUCAGAGAGUUCAGAACGCGGCCAGCGGUCAGCAGUCCCUAAGCAACAGCUAGACGAGCUAUCGUGCCUCUUGGCUAGAUGUUACUUCAAGCUGGGCGAGUGGCAGAUGGAGGUUCAAGACAACUGGGCUACCCGGAACGUCAAGGAUAUCCUCCACUCCUACCUCCUAGCCACACACUAUGACCCGAACUGGUAUAAGGCCUGGCACACAUGGGCUUUGGCCAACUUCGAAUACGUGGGCCAUUUGACCCACCAGGCCGAGACGAGGACUCACGACCUCUCUGGGAGUGCACUGAUACCGCACAUAGUACCGGCUGUGCAAGGCUUCUUCCGUUCCAUCUCCCUACGCAACGAGAACGCCUUACAGGAUACCCUGAGACUCCUCACGCUAUGGUUCAAGUUCGGUGCGCACGACGAGGUCAGCCAUGCGAUGACCAGUGGUUUUGGUAGUGUCGAGAUCGACACAUGGCUGGAUGUAAUCCCUCAGAUCAUCGCUCGUAUCCAAACACCCAGUGCCAAUAUUAGACGGAACAUCACCAACCUCCUCACCGAUGUCGGAAAGCAUCAUCCACAAGCCCUGAUCUAUCCCUUGACCGUCGCAUCCAAGUCCUCAAGUGCCGCCCGGAAGAAGGAAGCUAUUGACAUCAUGGAGAGGAUGCGCGAACAUAGUCCGGUCAUCGUCGAACAGGCUUUGCUCGUUAGUCAGGAACUCAUCCGUGUCGCCAUCCUCUGGCACGAGUUGUGGCAUGAGCGUCUUGAAGAAGCAUCUCGACUGUACUUUGCGGAGCAUAAUCCAGAGGGCAUGAUCUCGGCCCUGGACCCCUUGCACGAUUUGCUUGAGCAAGGUCCGACGACAGCACGAGAGACGUCAUUCGCACAAGUGUUCGGUCGUGAACUGGCGGAGGCCCGCGAGUCAUGUCGUCGCUACCGCAGGUAUGGCGAAAUUAAGGACCUUGACGCUGCCUGGGAGCUCUAUUUCGCAGUCUUCAAGAAGGUCGAGAAGCAAUUGCCUCAGCUGACUACACUGGACCUCCAGUACGUCUCGCCUGCGUUGCUACAGGCACGGAACCUCGAGCUCGCCGUGCCCGGAACAUACCAGAGCAGCAAGCCUGUCAUCAAGAUCAUGAGCUUCGCGACCAAGUUGACCGUCAUCGCUUCGAAACAACGACCGCGUCGUCUCUCUUUGAAGGGGAGCGACGGUAAAGACUACCAAUAUGUUCUCAAAGGUCACGAGGAUCUCCGUCAAGACGAGCGGGUCAUGCAGUUCUACGGUCUCGUCAAUACCUUGCUCUCGGUCGAUACUCAGAGCUUCAAACGCCGGCUGCACAUACAGCGUUACCCUGUCAUUCCAUUGGGCCCGCACGCUGGAUUGUUAGGUUGGGUGCAAGACAGCGACACGCUUCACGUUCUUGUCAGAGACUACCGAGAGUCGAGAAAGGUCUUGCUCAAUAUCGAGUACCGACUCAUGCUUCAAAUGGCACCCGACUACGAAAUCCUCAUGCUCCUCCAAAAGAUCGAAGUCUUCGAAUACGCACUCGAAAACACGACCGGCCAAGACCUCUAUCGCGUCCUCUGGCUCAAAUCCGUCAACUCCGAGCACUGGCUCGAGCGGCGCGCGACCUACACCCGCUCGCUCGCCGUGAACAGCAUGGUCGGCCACAUCCUCGGGCUCGGCGACCGGCAUCCAUCCAACUUGAUGCUGGAGCGCAAGACGGGCAAGGUGGUGCAUAUCGAUUUCGGAGACUGUUUUGAGGUCGCGAUGCAUAGAGAGAAGUUCCCGGAGAAGAUUCCGUUUAGGUUGACGAGGAUGUUGACGCAUGCGAUGGAGGUCAGCGGUAUCGAGGGUAGCUUCAGGAAUACGUGCGAGAUCACGAUGACCGUGCUUCGGGAGAACAAAGAAUCGCUCAUGGCCGUCCUCGAAGCCUUCGUCUACGACCCUCUCAUCAACUGGAGACUGAUGCCCACAGACGUCGACAGUCGGCGACUCAACGGAUCGGACGCGACACGGACGGCGGAGUUGGCGAAGGUGACGGCGUAUCCGCAGGGUCCGACGAGGAAGCUGAAGGCGGACGAGAACGAUAUCUUGAACGAGGCGCAAGAGAACCGGAACGAGCGUGCGCUCGCGGUGUACAACAGGGUGCAAAACAAGCUGACUGGCCGAGACUUCAACCCGGACGUGGUGCUGAACGUCCAGCAACAGGUCGACAAGCUCAUCCUCCAGGCGACGUCGCUCGAGAAUCUGUGCCAGUGUUUCUCUGGAUGGUGUGCGUUCUGGUAAAACUAAAAUCUUACUUCUCAACGGAGAUCUCAUGGACGAAUGGACGAAUGGAUGGACGUUCGCUUGGUUUAGACAUUUUCUUUCUUUCUUUCUUUCUUUCCUUCUUUCCUUCUUUCCUUCUUUCCCCCUGUACCUUUCGAUCCCUACCGUUCUCGCUGUUGUAAAUUAUCACCGAUAUCAUGAUCAUGUCCCUUCUUCA